CUACUAUCAUUCUUGUUGCGGUAGCCUUAGAGGACGGAUCGUCGUACUACGCGGCUCUCUCGUUCUUCAUUCCGGCACUCUCGCGUGCGCGCUUAUUUUCCGACACGGUCCCGGUCCCGCACGUGCCGUCCUAUGACUUUAAAUUUUAUAUUUACAAUUAAUAAUAAAUAAAAAAUACUAAUAAUUAAUUGCCUUAAAACCCGAACGAUGGAGCGGAAAUCGAGUGCAGAAAAAAAAAAGUUUUGUAAAAUUUUCCUAGAGCUUCAUACAUUGACUUAAUUUUUCGGCUUUAAAUAAAAUCGAUCAAGCAGUGACACUUAAUUAUUGUUAUAAAUUUAAGAAAAUGGUUUGAUAACUGGUUAAAAUGAAUUGUGCACUUGAACGAUGAAAUGUAUAAUUGCUUUCUCGUAUCCGUAUAACUCGCGAUUUCUCUAUUGGUUGUUUUAAUAAAUAAAUUAUAGUUUUUAAAUUUUUAUGAUAAUUAAAACAUCAGUAUAUUUGUUUUUAUAAAUAUAUGUUUACUGGCUAGACUUGGAAACAUGAUUAGCACUCACGUCUCGAUUUAUGAUAAAUCAAAUGGACUUGUAAUCAGUGAUAAGUGAUUAAUGUGAAGUGAUUUUAUUUAAAUACAUAAUAAACAUUUUGUAAAAGUUUCAAAUAAAAUAAUAAUAAUAUUUAUAAUAUAUCAAUGGAAGUGAAGAACGAGUAGAGCCGAAGAUGAAAAAUUUUGGAUAACCGAUACGAUAUAAAGUGAGACGUAUAGCCAUGGGUACUCGACGGGAUUCACAGGACAAUUUAUCACCUUGUAGUCACCAUGAAAACCACAGCAACGAGUUAGCGAGCCGGAAGUUACGAUGCGGUGUACCUCAGUAUAAACUCACAAUCACCGGUAUAAGAUGUAUACUGCUACUGAUUAUACUAUCAACGGCAUCGUUAGUUCAUACUUAUGUACCAGAAAAAUAUCCAAUAGAGGUAUACCACAUGCUGCAAGAGAGGACGCAGUAUGGAUUCGGUAGGGACAAUCGUGUGAGAGGAAGCUGGGGUCCAUGGAGCUCUUGGAGCGAAUGCUCGAGGUCUUGUGGUACUGGGGUCCAGUCUCAAGCACGGCAAUGUGUUCUUCGAAAUAGCGUAAGAAAAAGAAGUAUUAUAGGUGAAGUUAAUAAUACUAGUCUAAAACCGGUGUGCAUCGGUACUUACAAACGAUACCACGUUUGCAAUACUCAGGAUUGUUCUGAGCUUGCUGAUGACUUUCGUGCUGAACAGUGCGCUAAAUUUAAUAACAGAAUAUAUAAAGGGGAAAAUCACGCAUGGGUGCCAUUUUUAAAUGCUCCGAAUCCAUGUGCGCUAAAUUGCCGUGCUGUAGGUCAACGAUUUUAUGCGACCCUGGAGCCUGAGGUAAUCGAUGGCACACCGUGCGAUGGUCCUAACUUACGUGGAAAGAGUAUGGGGCUCUCAGUAGACCGGACAACUGAACAAUGGCUCUGCGUCGCUGGACAAUGCAGGUCAGUGGGAUGCGAUGGAGUUGUUGGUUCCGGUGCUGUCAGGGACACCUGCGGCGUCUGUGGCGGGCAAGGAAGAGGAUGCAAGUUAUUUGAAGGAAUUUUUAUGGAACCGAUUCUUCCUAAAGGUCACCAGCCAGUCACGACUAUUCCACGUGGCGCGAUGUCGCUUAAUAUUUCGGAGUUACGUCACAGUAGUAAUUUUUUAGCACUUAGGUUGGAAAACGGAACGUACGUUCUAAACGGGCCAUGGUCAUUGAGCCCCAGUGGAAUUUACAAGACCGCAGGAAGUAUUGUUACUUAUCAACGUGGUGAUAGAAACCGGAUGGAAAGUAUAACAGCCACCGGUCCACUUAAUGAAUCUCUCAAUUUAGAAAUAUGGUAUCACGAAAUGAAUCCAGGAGUACUCUAUAAAUAUAUGCUCCCAGCGCCAGAGUAUUCUGAAGAUAACGCGGUUAUUGCGCCGCCACUAUACGCCAACGAGAUACCCGAAUCUUAUCCACGAGUUGAAGUACCUCCGAGUCGACCGGAGGUAAAUUUAUCACGGAAUCAAGUGAGGGAAGAGACACGUAAGCCGAAGAAAGAAGAAAUGAAAUUCUCACCGACGACUGUGAUGGCCGGUGAUGCGCCGAAUAUUAAUGUUAACGUUAGUCUAUCAGACGUCAAGACGAGUAAAAAAAAAAGAAAAUUCGCUUGGAAGGUGAUGGGUCUUUCGUCUUGUUCCAAGACCUGCGGUGGAGGGGUACAGAGCACGAUAGUAAAGUGCGUGAGAGAAGAUAGAGAUAACGUGGUACCGGAUCGUAGAUGUAGAAAGUUUUCCCAGCCUCCGGCACCGCCGGCACUGCAGUGCAACGAUCAGCCGUGUCCCCCGCGAUGGAGAGCGGACGCGUGGUCCGAGUGCUCGACGAGUUGCGGGACUGGAGUGAAAACUCGACGACUUGAAUGCGUUCAGGAUUUAAAUUCAAAGCUAACUAUGCGUGUAGCCGCGGGCGCGUGCUCGCAGCCACCGGACUUGAGCACCGUUGGCACAUGCACGGGACCUCCGUGUCCAAAUAUCCCGCAAGUACGACAAAUGGAGACUCUGCAUGUGUCAGCAGGCAUCCCUGGCCGAUGGCAAGUCGGUCCCUGGACUCCGUGCUCUUCAACGUGCGGCAGAGGUUCCAUGAACAGGACAGUUGUCUGUAUAACCAGUGGAGAGCCUUGUCCAGCAUCAGCCCGGCCAAUUGAUGAGAGAGCCUGCGAGGCAUCAUGUGAAACUACUCACCCACAGCACGAGUCCGUGUGGCUCUACACUGAGUGGUCUUCGAAGUGUCCUUUAGAAUGUGAGCGUGAGAUGGAGACGAGGCGCAUUGCCUGCGGCGGUAUAAGCGAAUUAUUUUGCGAUUCCACGAAGAGACCGGCGACAGAGAGGCGGUGCUCAGUUAAUGCAACUAGGAGUUGUGAUGCACGUUGGUUCACUGGACCGUGGUCGUCGUGUUCUGUAGCAUGUGGUGAAGGUAUUGCCCGACGAGAGGUGAUUUGCAUUGGGAACUCGUCCGGUGAAUCAAAGAUACUCACCGAAAGUAAUUGCAGCUCAACGAGGCCGCCUGGAGAGCAAGUUUGCCGCAUGCCUAAGUGCCCACCCGAGUGGUUCACGUCCGAUUGGAACAUGUGCUCGGUUUCCUGUGGCGGUGGCACGCAAGAACGCAUCGUGAGGUGUCUGGAUGAGGGGAGCGCUAACUCGUCCUGCGACGGAAAAACAAAGCCAGAGAACCGGAGGGCUUGCAAUGUUCAUACCUGCAAGGAUGUUAUCUCUAAUAAAACUCCGAAAAAAGUACAUCUUGCUAACGAGUGCGUUGAUAAGUAUCCGAACUGCAUGCUGGUAGUCAAAGCUGGUCUCUGCCGCGUUAAGUACUACAAGCACUCUUGUUGCGGUUGUCGCAAUUAGUUUCCGAGCUACUGGUUUAAGCAGAGUGUUAAUCUUCAGUCAGAAGGGACGGUUUUAUUAUCAAGUCUGAAGCCGGUAUCGGGUAUCGAUCAACAUCGAGUGUAAUCUAUACAAAAGUAUUUCUUCCUCGUUUUAUUUUUAUUUUUUAACUCCGAAAGUGAUGCUUGUGUUAUUAAUUAUUACAACAACAAUAACAAUAAAUGUAUCGCUCUGUGAAAGUUAUAAAUAAUUUUAUUGUAUAGUCAAAAUUUUCGUACAAAUAGAAACGAUAACUCAAUAAAAAAACAUCAUUUUGCAUGUCAA